CAACGCUAUUAACGAUCCUACUGGUAGUCUCUGUUGUCACUGUGGUCCUCAACUGGGCGUCUAAGCGAUCCCUCCGUCGCUUUGCAUCUACUCCAGUCUCUUUCUCGCCGCCUUCUUAUGUCACUGGUUCAAGUGCCCGAACGCUUUUCCUAACCCUCGUGUUCGUUGUCACGGUCGUCAUUACGCUGGGUCUGUUGAUCAUCCAGAGCCUCUUUGAGAGCGAUACCGCUACGUUCGAUAUCCUGCGCAUUGUUCUGUUUGUCCAGGUAGGAAUGACGGGAAUCUACACCAUGGUAUCCGCCCUAUGGUACAUUGUGGAGAGAUGCAUGGCAAUUAAGGAAAGCAGAAUUGGCCAAGGCGAGGUUGCUGCCGCGGAGGGAGGAGAUGACGAAGAACAGGAACUAGGUUCACUGCCGGUUUCAAACCUUCAUGCAUUGACAAAUAUGGUGUCCCUACGAUCAGAGAACUUGGCGCGCAGUCACAGUACAAUGUACAUGUCCACGGAGAGCUCCGAUCGCAUACCCCAGGAUUUAUUUUCAUCAUUCCACUCUGCAAUAGCUCGAACCCCGCUGGAUAAACUACGCCGGGACGUUGCUGAGUACGAAAAGGACCUCGAUACGUUAUUGGUCACCGACCUUUUCAUGAAUCCCCGUAAAGUGCCCUCGACAAGUGCGAGUGUGCCUACAGUUGUUCACGUACCGGAACAAAGUGUCGCGGUGAGCAUCGUUGAAUGGUUAUCUUUAUACACCUGCUGAUAGGUGAUGUUGUGUAGAACAUGUUUGCGGCUCACCCAUUCCCUGACCGGCCGACGAUCCCUGCCCUACGGGCAGUAAAUUCAUCGA